AUGAUGAAGAGAAUGAUGAGGGCGCGAGUUCAGAUAUACAGCCAGCCUCCUGCUGCGUUCAUGAUGAGGGACAGAGUUGACCUGCUGGAAGAACCAGCUCAACUGGCACAUACAAGUGCAGGCUGGUACUUUGGUAAAUUGGGCCGUAAGGAUGCAGAGAGGCAGCUGCUGUCCACUGGCAACCCUCGAGGAACCUAUCUGAUCCGGGAGAGUGAAACCACAAAGGGUGCCUUCUCUCUGUCCAUACGGGACUGGGACGAUGUGAAAGGGGACCAUGUCAAGCAUUAUAAGAUCCGAAAGCUGGACAGUGGCGGUUACUACAUCACCACCAGGGCUCAGUUUGACACUCUGCAGCAGCUGGUGCAGCACUACUCAGACCGGGCCGCCGGGCUCUGCUGCCGCUUGGUGGUCCCCUGCCACAAGGGGAUGCCCCGCCUCGCAGACCUGUCCGUUAAAACUAAGGACGUGUGGGAGAUCCCGCGCGACUCGCUGCAGCUCAUCAAGCGUCUUGGGAACGGGCAGUUUGGGGAGGUCUGGAUGGGUACGGAUCGCCUCUGGAAGAAGAGGCCACAUGGAGGGGGCCACACUGAGCCAGCAGAGACACCAGACACAAGCCAACAAUCUGGCCUCUAAGGGAGGGGAUCAAAGGAGAAAAUGGGGCAGGACAUUUAGACAAUUCUCUCUUUGGGUCUUUUUCCAGGAAAAUUCUUCUGUUUCUGACCCCUCCCUUCCAAAAUGAAAAACAUCCAGUGUGUCAGGAGGCUCUGCUUCACAGUCUGAAGAUGGCUCCCUUCCAUGUCCCUCUCUGCAUGCCCCCCUCCCCAGUAGUUAACCCUGUGUGCCUUCCCUUCCCUCCC